AAACCUUCCAUAAAGCCUCCGAGGGAACAAAACAUAAAUAGUGUAGACCAAAAUCUCGUUCAGCAAGGACGGAUGUGACGCACUUUCCCUGACCAACCAAUCCAUAACUCCGUUUUUUCACCCGCCGGUUUCACUUCUAUCGUGAGACAGACUGUUCGAAAUCGUACUUCCUUAUUCUAAAUGUGAAAUCUGCGGGGGAAAGCUGCCGAUGCGGUUACUGCUUUGAAGUUUCUUAGUGCGAUUGCGUUUUAAUUAUCAACGUGCCUUGAGGGUUGUUUCUUGAUAAGGUGUAACGGUCUCUCUCGCUACCUCAACAAAAAAAUGCCUUCCUUUGAAUACGGAAAAAUCCUUCAGAAGGCUCGCAAUGCCUUCAAAGGUGGAAUAACAAAGAAUAUUGACUUUCGUAUUCAGCAGUUAAAUAACAUGUAUCGGAUGUUAACUGAAAAUGAAAAACAGCUUAAUUUAGCUGUUGAACAAGAUUUAUCAAAGCCUCAUCAAGAAGCAUCCAUUUAUGAAAUUGAAUUUGUAUUGAAUGACAUAAGAUGUAUGAAACAAAAUAUACGCAACUGGGUGAAAUCAACUUCUGCAGAGAAAAACUUUAUUACACUUCUAGAUGAAACAUUUGUUAAGCCUGAACCAUAUGGAGUUGUUUUGGUUCUUGGAGCGUGGAACUACCCUAUUCAACUGUCAUUGUGUCCUAUGAUUGGUGCAAUUACAGCCGGAAAUUGUUGCAUAUUAAAACCAUCAGAAUUGGCUCCUAAAAGUGCUGAACUAUUGAAAACUCUCAUACCCAGAUAUUUGGAUCCUGAAUGUUAUCAUGUCAUAAAUGGUGGUCCGGAAGAAACUACCGAACUAUUAAAGGAACAAUUUGAUUAUAUAUUUUACACUGGUUCCACUCGUGUUGGACAGCUUGUGAGAGAAGCUGCAAAUAAACAUCUUACACCUGUCACGUUAGAGUUGGGUGGAAAAUCUCCGGUAUAUAUGGAUGACACUGUAAAUCUAGAAGUUGCAUGCAGAAGAUUAUUAUGGGGAAAGUGUAUAAAUGCAGGCCAAACUUGUGUAGCACCUGAUUAUUUGAUGUGCACUAAAGAACUCCAAGAAAAACUGAUUCCUGUAAUGAAAAAGGUUUUAAAGGAAUAUUUUGGAGAAGAUCCCAAGAAGUCACCUGAUUUUGGUAGAAUCCUAAACAACAAGCAUUUUAACCGAUUGUUAUCAUUAAUGAAAAAAGGCACAAUUGUUAUUGGAGGUGAUCAUGAUGAAGAUACAAAUUAUAUUGCACCAACUGUCAUCACUAAUGUUUCACCUUCGGAUCCUAUUAUGCAAGAAGAGAUAUUUGGGCCUCUUUGUCCAAUUAUUACUGUUGAUGGUCCUGAUGAUGCUAUAGAUAUAAUAAAUAGCAAGGAUAAACCUUUGACAUUGAAUGUUUAUUCUAAGAAAAAUAGUGUGAUCAAAAAGUUUUUAGACAACACAUCCAGUGGAAGUGUCUGUGUCAAUGAUUCAAUUGUAAACCUUUCAAUUGAUGCCUUACCAUUUGGAGGAGUUGGAAAAAGUGGUAUAGGUGCUUAUCAUGGAAAAUAUUCAUUCGAUACUUUCUCUCACAAGAAAGCAGUCCUUGUUCGAAACUAUGCAAUGAUUGGUGAAAAACUUGGAGAGGCUAGAUAUCCUCCUUAUUCUCCUACUAAAGAAAAAUACUUGAAGAGACUAAUAAAGAGACGACAAAAUCUGAUUCCACCACAUAUGGAUUAUGUUGCUAUGUUUGUAUGUGGUUUCUUAGCUGCUGUUAUUGUUCAAGCUAUAUUGCAUUUUGCCAAAAUCAAGUAUUUUUAAUAAAGUAAUUGAUGGAAUGCAGCCUCAUUUUGACAUUAUUUGAAUAAGUAUGUUAAUGUUUAUAUAUAAUGUAAAAUAUGUGCAUGCAUCCUUAUUCAGUUCUGUGAUAUUAUGUUAAAAGUGGAAUCUAAACUGUCAUUUUCUGACUGUCUGCACAGUGUUAUAAGAGAAACAUAGCACAAUUAUAUACAAUAUGAAAGACUGUUACAAAAUAGACAUUAUGUUUCACGAGAAAUAUAUAUAUAUAUAUAAUAUAAAAUUCCACAUGACAUUCCACAUGACCCACUUGUUAAGUGAUUGUAAUAUAUACGUUGAUUUACUUUAAAAAUUUAGAAAAAAUCGUAAAAUAGAUUUCUUUAAUGUAUGUUAUGUUCUUUGUAUAUAUAUUUUUUAUGUAAAAACUUGUUUUUUCAUGAAAAAUGGAAUUAAAUUUGUUUCAUUUAAUAAAUACAAUUAUAUAA